GGAGGGACGAGCGAAGCCGCGCAGAGAGGAGCAAAAACUUCACUCGGAAAGAAAGACGAGAAGAGAGGGAGAGAGAGCGAGAGACCUCGAAAGGGGAGCAGUUCGUCUUAGUUUGCCACGCUUUUUAUUCAAGAAUUUUCAGGAAGUACAUAUCCUAAAUCAAGUAUAUCCAUCCUUCUAGACUUCUUUUAUUCGCAGUAGACUGAAUUCCUAUGCCUCUUUUCAAAAGAAAAGCUUUUCCUCUGGUGGAACCACCCCGGGAUUUGGAGCCUCACGAGAUUAUUUUCCAAGUUCGCUUCACAAAAGAGAUAUUUCGUGAUUAUCAAGAAUAUCUGAAGCGGAUAAAUCUAUAUCGUAGAAGAGUAUGGACAUGUAAAGUUACUGGGAAGCAAAACUUAACAUAUGAGGAGGCUUUGGUUUCAGAGUGUCGUGCAACUGAGAAGGUUCAACAGUUCCCUAAUGAGCUAAUGGCACCUGUGCUUCGUAUGAUCCAAUUCAGCACCCUCAGGUUAAAAGAGCUUAUCAACACAAUAUGUACAAAGUUGCAGGAACAUUUAUCAGAAGGUUUGGAGUUGUAUGGAAGGAAAGAAAAUUGUAUUUAUCCAUGCAAAAUACUGAAAGUUCUGGAGGAUGAUAUUGACAAUUUGCGUUAUGAAGUGGGAUGGCUUGAUAAAGAUAAGAAGUUAACUGAUACUUCAGUAGUAAACGCAGAUGUACUGUUUCGGAAGAAGUUGCCUUUCAGUAGAGGUGUGCUGAAGUCUUUUAUUCGGGAAUCUACCUCUCAAAGUUGUCCUUGGGUGAUUCAUGAUAAAUUAGCAAAGAAACAUGGAAUCUCAAUUGAACCUCCACAGGAAUUGUGGGAUAUUAUCAUGCAGAGUGGAAGUCUUGGUGGCAAUAAACAAAAAAAGAAAAACAAGGAAGUAAAAGAGACCUUGGAUGCUGAAAAAAGAGAGACUAAUAAAAAUAAAAGGAAAAAACUGGAAUGUAAGAACUCUGAAGUUGUGACCAUGACAAAGAAAGCAAAGAAAGAAAAUGGAAAACCAAAGGAAGAACCCAUUAAAUACCCAAUUGAUGAUCUCUUAGUGCAGCCUGCUGCUGAUGAUCCAGUUUUUACUGAUCGUCCUUCUCCAUCAAGGGAUUUUGGUGUUCCAAUGGAUUGUGUUGGGGAUCUUUUAAUGGUUUGGGACUUUUGCUCUUCUUUUAGCAGGCUGUUGCAUUUGUGGCCAUUUUCUCUUGAGGAUUUUGAAAAUGCAAUUUGUCACAAGGAUAGCAAUCUGAUUCUUAUUGUGGAAUCACAUUCGUCACUUCUCAAUUUGCUUAUAAAAAACGAAGGCAACUAUUUCAUGGCUAUACAAAAUAAAAAGCGGAAAGCAAAGAUUACAUUAAUGAAUUGGACAGAGUAUUUGUGUGACUUCUUGGAGAUGGUUGAUAUACCUGAACUAUCCAGUCAGAUACCAACAAUAAAACGUGGUCAUUAUGGCCUUUUGGAUAUUCAUGUUAAACUGGGCAUCUUCCAGGAACUAGUUGCUGAAUCUCUUGAAACCGAUGCUGUUAGAAAAAAGUUGGAAGAGUAUAUUGAGCAACAGCAGGCACUUGCUGCCACAAAAAGGGGUGAAGCACUGGAGGAGGCCCGAAAGAGGAGAGAAGAGAAGGUACUUCUGAAAGCAGGGUGUAACAUCAAGGAAGUAAAACAAGGACGUGAUUUGGAGAAUGGAGGGGGUAACUUGCAAGCUUCUGAAAAUGGUUUUGGUCCUCGACAGAAUGGAGAUGUUCUAGAGGAAAGAAAUGGAAAUGUUUUAUCUAAAGGGAACCGCGUUUCAGAAAACAGUGAGUGCAGUCAUAUAAAUGUGACAUCAAGAAAAAUUACAAAGAAGCAGAAGACAGAUGUUGUUAAUGCUACGGGGAAAAGCAAAGAGCAAUCUAAGAUUGAGGAAAAUCGAAAGGAACUGAAACGGAUGAAGGAUAAAGAAAAGGAAGCUCAGGAAAAGAAAUGUAGAGAACAGAGGAAAGAGCAUCUUGAGCGGGAGAUUGAGAAACGUUUUAUACGCACCAGCCCAUUGGGAAAGGAUAGAAACUAUAACAGGUAUUGGUAUUUUCGGCGUGAUGGAAGAAUAUUUGUUGAGAAUUCAGAUUCCAAGCUAUGGGGCUACUACAGUUCAAAGGAGGAGCUUGAUGCAUUGAUGGGUUCACUGAACUGCAAAGGGGAGAGAGAGAGGGCUCUUAAAAAACAGCUGGAGAAGUACUAUCAGAGGAUAUGUGUGUCAUUAACAAAGAGAUUGAAAGAUAUUGCCCAAAAGAUUGCACUGGAAGAGGCUGUGCUCAGGCGUUCAACAAGGGUACGGGCUCCACCAAGGGGCAGUCCAGCAUUGGCUUUCCUGAGGUAUGUCAACAAGUGGAAGGAGGACUACACCAAGUUUUGAUUGGAUAUCUAGCUUGUCUCUAUAAGAUUGAUUCCAAUGCCAUUACCAUUUUUUACAAGGGAAGGUGUAGGAAUUUUCUACCUUAUCUUGCUAAUUAUUUUUGUUGGUGGUACUUUUGGGUGGCGUCUGCUAAUUUUCUGCCAUGAUGGACCAACGUCUUAAUGUAUUCAUUUUGGGAGGAAUUUUCCCUGCAUCAGGCACAAUCAAGCACUUGCAAACGAACUCCAUGACAAGGACAAGGGAAUGGAAUUUCCAUUUCCAUCAUAGUUUUAGAAUUUGGCCAGCAUGAUACUUAUUUUUCUUUUUUUUUUUGAAGAAUAUCUGUUCCAAUUUUGUAAAUGAUGAUGUGCAGCACAGGUAAAUUAUUUCAAUGAAAUCAAUUACUCUUAUAGCUUCGAAAUUA